AUGGCUCCAACAGUACUUCACCUUCGUGCCGAAGACAAGCCCCUCGAGCAUAGAUCAGCUCUUACCCCUUCCACAACCAAGGCACUCAUCGCGGCCGGCUACAAAGUCAAUGUUGAGCGUUCUCCUACAUCUGCCAUUCGCAAGCGAAUUUUCGAUGACUCCGAGUUUGAGAAAGCCGGUGCUACCCUUGUUCCGGAAGGUAGCUGGGUUGAUAUCCCCUCCGACCACCUUGUCAUUGGGUUGAAAGAGCUUGAUGAGACCAAGGAUUUCCCUCUCAAGCACUCGCACGUUACCUUUGCACAUUGUUUCAAGAACCAGGGCGGUUGGGAGAAGGCUCUUGGACGAUGGAGCAGGGGUGGCGGUGUGUUGUAUGAUUUGGAGUUUCUGCAGGAUGAUAAGGGUCGAAGAGUUGCAGCUUUCGGCUACCAUGCCGGAUUUGCUGGAGCUGCUCUGGCUAUUAAGACUUGGGCCUGGCAGCUAGAGCAUCCCGACGGUACUCCACUCCCAGGAGUUGAUGAAUUUACUGAUGGAAAAGGUUACUAUUCCAGCGAAGAGGAGAUGCUGGAGCAGAUUCGCGGUGAUGUUGUCAGGGGUGAGAAAAUUGCUGGACGACGACCUCAGAUCCUAGUCAUUGGUGCUCUUGGACGCUGUGGAAGGGGUGCCGUUGAUGCUUGCGUCAAGUCUGGAUGCGAAGAUAUUCUUCGAUGGGACAUGGCCGAGACUGCGAAGGGUGGACCCUUUACAGAGAUUGUCGAAGCUGACAUCUUCAUCAACUGCAUUUAUCUCAGUGAGAAGAUUGCACCGUUCGUUGAUAUGAACAGUUUGAAAGCUCCAAACCGCAGACUCUCCGUUGUCUGCGAUGUUUUCUUACAAUUUUCAACCACGCAGAGCUGCGAUACCUCGAACCCGAACAACCCAAUUGUAAGUACCUGGCUCCUGAACCUGAAGUUCAUGUUUAAAACUCAAACUAAUUCAUUACAGCCAAUCUACAACGUUAACACUACAUUCGAUAAGCCCACUAUCCCCGUUAGCGUCUCUAAUCCACCUCUCAGCGUGAUCUCGAUCGACCACCUACCCAGUCUUCUUCCAGCCGAAUCUUCUGAUGCAUUCUCCAACGAUCUGCUUCCUUCCAUGCUUGAAAUCCAAAACCGAGCUUCUCAUCCUGUUUGGCAGCGUGCGGAGAAGCUUUUCAGGCAGAAGGUUGCUACUCUUCCUGCCGAGCAACAGAAGGUUCAGCAGUAA